AUGCGGUUAAAUCCAGCGAAGUGUGCCUUUAGAGUGCAAUCUGGAAAAUUCUUAGGAUACAUGAUCACGCAAAGAGGGAUCGAGGUAAACCCUAAGAAAAUUCAAGCAAUACUGGAUAUGGAACCACCAACAUCAACUAAGGAAGUUCAACGACUAACAGGGCGAAUGGAAGCUCUCGGACGUUUUCUCUCCAAGUCAGCUGAAAGAGAGCUCUCCUUCUUGCGAACAUUGAGAGCAGGAAAAAAUAAGGUAGAAGAAAAUAAGCAGACAGAGUGGUUGUUGUUUGUCGACGGAGCAUCUAGUUCACAGGGAGGUGGUGCUGGGAUAGUACUUGUAUCCCUUGAGGGGGAAACAUUAGAGUAUUCUCUGCGAUUUGCUUUUCCAAGCACCAACAACGUAGCUGAAUACGAGGCAUUAAUUGCUGGAAUGAUGAUAGUAAGGAAAUUGGAGGUAACACGAUUGGUUGCUCAUAGUGAUUCUCAGUUGAUUGUACAGCAGUUUCAAGGACAAUAUGAAGCCCGAGAGCAGAUAAUGGCUCAAUGCUUGCGCAAAGUAAAAGACCUGGCCCAGACAUUUCAAAGUUUCCAAUUAACACAAAUAAAUAGAUCGCUCAAUGGACAUGCUGAUGCGUUGUCCAAAUUAGCAUCCACUAGAGAAGCAAUAAGGAAAGCAGUAUUUGUGGAGAUGUUACAUCAACCAAGCAUUGAAGAAAAAAAGGUAUUAUGCAUUGAAAUAGGAGUGGAUUGGAGAUCGCCCUUCUAUCGUUAUCUCACUAGCAACGAGUUACUAGAUGAUCCACAAGAAGUAUAA